GCACAUCGCAGUCUGCUUCAGCGUGUAAUAAUGUGUGCGUGCUGCAUUUCGUACCCGGCUCCUGUGAAACAGGAAAUUUGUCGAUUUUGUGUGGAGAGCCGUGUAUCUGGAAGAUUUAAUUGUUUUCCGUUUUUUGCGGAUUACCAAGCAUCGUGAUGGCUCCCAAGCCCGUCAAAAAGGGCGGCGCAAAGAAGGUGGCUGCUGUCCCUGCUGCCAUCAGGAAGAAAACUGAAAAGCCUAAGAAAGAAACCAAUCCGCUGUUUGAAAAACGUCCCAAGAACUUCGGCAUUGGACAAGACAUCCAGCCGAAGCGGGAUUUGACUCGUUUCGUCAAGUUCCCCCGAUAUGUGCGAAUUCAGCGCCAAAAGAAAAUCUUGUAUCAGCGUUUGAAGGUUCCGCCACCGAUCAAUCAGUUCAACCUUACGCUGGACAAACCGUCGACCACUCAGGUGUUCAAACUGAUGAACAAAUACAGACCAGAAACGAAGCAGCAGAAGAAAGAACGUCUGAAGCAGCGUGCUGCGGCGAAAGCCCAAGGAAAGGGUGAUGUUCCCACUAAGCGACCCGCUGUUAUUCGAUCUGGUGUGAACGCGGUUACUACACUGGUGGAACAGAAAAAGGCCCAGCUUGUCGUCAUUGCCCACGAUGUUGAUCCCAUUGAAAUUGUGCUCUUUUUGCCGGCCUUGUGCCGUAAAAUGGGAGUGCCGUACUGCAUCGUGAAGGGCAAAGCUCGUUUAGGACGAGUUGUGCACCGAAAAACGGCAUCAUGCUUGGCUUUCCAGAACAUCAACGCUGAGGAUAGACCAUCAUUGUCCAAAGUGGUCGAGACGGUCAAGAAUAACUUUAACGAAAGAUAUGAUGAAAUCCGCCGACACUGGGGAGGCAACAUCCUGAGUACCAAGUCGCAGGCACGAAAAGGAAAACUCGAGAAGGCGAAAGCGAGAGAAGUCGCUCAAAAAGUGGCAUAAAUACGAUUAGUUUUUGAUAUAUUGUAAUGUUUGUGGCUAUAAUAAAGGUGAUCAACACUUC